GCAAUCGAGACCAAGACCUUUUCUUUUCCCUUUGUUCUUGUCUGCGGCGUAACCCUAACCCUAGUUUUUUCUUGAUCGACUUCUCUUCCUCUUCUUUUCCCACCGAGUGGCCUCUUGAUCGAGGGGAAAGGGAGGAGGAAGAGAUCUCCGUUAGUGCCAUGUCGCGUUGCUUUCCGUACCCACCGCCUUAUUUCGGGCAGGCCGAGAUCGAAUCCAUUAAGCUCCUAAAGGAAGAAAAGGCAAAGAAGCAUAACGAAAAGGCAAAGAGGCAGAAAAGCCAUCAGAAAGAGAAGUCUCUAAACUCAAAUCAUGACGGAAAGCAGCAUAAAAAGAGGAAGCAUCAGGAGAAAUCUGAAGAUGAAAGGAGCCACAAAAAGCAGAAGUCUGAAAAGAAGCAGCUCCCACUGGUUUCGAACCUUUGCAGCCAGAAGACAAACGAAAGAAUUGAGCAACUGGAGAAAAGUGGCCUCACAGAAGAACAUGAGCAUCCUUGUUCUAUCCAGCAUAAGCUUGACUCGCCUGAGAGCUCUCAGGACAGCAGUAAGAGAAGGAAAUUGGUGCUCUCUUCUAUCCAUGAAACUCAAGAUAGUACUCUUCGAAUCAAGUUGCCAUCCUUCAGGCAAAGAGCUGUGGAGCCAUCACCAUUACCUUUGUCAAGGCAAACAGAGCCGCAGCCUCCACCUUUGUCAAGGCAAACAGAGUUGCAGUCGCCAUUUCCACCAUCAGGGCAAGUAGAACUUGCCUCUCCGUCAUCAAGGCAGAUAAAGCCCCAGCCAGCACCGUCAACCUCAGCAGGGAAAGUAAAACUACCACCUGCUUCAUCAAGGCAAAUUAAGCCGCAACCAUCACUGCCGCAGUCAAAGCUUGGGAAGAUAGCAGUAUCAAGGCAAAUUAAGGUGCAGACACAAUUGCUACCAUCUGAUCAAGUAGAUUCAACAGUGCCCUUGUUGCCACCAUCAGGGCGAGUGGAGUUGCCUCUGCCUUUACAAACAAAGCUACAGCCACCAUUACCACCAUCACGGCAAGUGGAGCAAGCAAUGCCUUUGCCAAGGCAAAAGCUGCAGCCACCAUUACCACCAUCACGGCGAGUGGAGCAAGCAAUGCCUUUGCCAAGGCAAAAGCUGCAGCCACCAUUACCACCAUCACGGCGAGUGGAGCAAGCAAUGCCUUUGCCAAGGCAAAAGCUGCAGCCACCAUUGCCAAAACCGGAGCCAGUCGAGCUAGCAAGGCCUUUGCCAACGCAAACAAAGCAGAAGCCACCAUUGCUGCCAGCAGGGCAAGUCAGGGCCUCAUUGCUUUCUUCCUCAAAGCAAACAACCCUGCAGCAGCAGGUGCCAUUGCCAACACAAAUUUGUCCACAGCCAUUAGACUUGAAAACAGAAAAGCUGAGACUCGAUAAGAAGCCUGCUGCAGUCUCUGAGCAGCCGUGUUCCUCCAGCAGGCCUUCAGAAGCAGCCUCAGCUGCAGCUACAACUAAAUCUUCCCGGAAAAAAAGAGUCGGCGGCAGAACAUGGCAAAAGGAACAGUAUGAAAUUUUGGUAGCAAACUGGAAUCCAUCAGCUGCAAUGGAACGCUUCGAAACUUCUGCUACCUGUGAGGAUGAUGAUUGGUUAGCUGCUGCACCAAGGCAACAACGAUGUCCUGCAAAAGACAGCACCGCUAGCAACGCAACAGGAUCUAUCCAGGAAAAUCAUGCAGUUCCUUCAGUGCAACCUCUAGCUUGCUACCUUCCUGAGUUCAACAUGUAUCAGCUACCAUACGUAGUCCCGUUUUAGACCCAAGAGGCAUGAAAUUAGCAAAUGAGAUUUCAUUUCUUUCCUCUUUUUUUCCCCUUUUUUACUCUAUUGUCAUUGACGAUGACACGCUUUCGACAGUUGUUCCCCCUGUAAUAGCAACAAAAAGAAAACACUUUUUUUUCUUAA